UUUUGCCUUAUAAACGAGACGUAUUGUUCAGCAGACUGUGUAAUGUGAUGCAAAAUAGGGCAAUAACCUCAGUGUUUCGUGAUGAUGAUAGUAUAGCGGAUAAAUCACAGGAAUUCACGGAAAAAAUAAAAGUUCUACUAGGCGAAACCGAAAGUUAUGAUACAAAAUAGAAAAUACACACAAAAUAGACACAAAAUACGAAACAGGAACGAGGAAGUAAGUCUCUAUGGAUACUACAAGUGAGAUUAAUCGGCAACUACUGGAAUGUCCAGUUUGCUGCGAAAAUUACAAUGAUGAUGCACGAGUUCCUCGUGCAAUACUGUGCGGUCAUUCAUUCUGUACAACAUGUCUGAAGAAAAUGCUUAGAGAUAAGAAUAUCACAUGUCCGCUUUGCCAGGCUGUACAUGCUGUCAGAGAUGGUGACGUCAACAGCAUUCCAAAAGAUAACACCCGACGGCAUCUUAUGGAUAUUCUUAACAAAAAGUGCACACGUCAAAUAUGUACACAAUGUGAGGACAACAAUAAAGCUGUCAAGUUUUGCCAAGACUGUGAGGAAUACAUUUGUAACGAGUGUACUUACGCACACAAACGAACAAAGCUGACGAAAAACCAUAAGUUGAUGGCAUUGGAACAAGACAAAGACACCAACCUCGAAUGCAAUUCAGAAGUUGAAAUGAAACCAGUAUUAUGCAAAAAUGAGAAACAUGGCAACAAACAGGUUUUGUUAUUCUGUCUCAAUUGCAGUGAAGAUAUUUGUGAAAAUUGUGCAAAAGAAAGACAUAAGGAACAUCAAAUCAAACAAUUGAAAGAGUUGUACUCAGAGAAGCGCAAUGAAUUGAAUGUCCUAAUUAGUGGAUUCACACAAGCGGAUUUGCAAAAUGUGACAAAAAGGUUAGAAGAGAAGAUCGAAGAAGUGAAAGAAAAGGGCAUGAGUUUGAAAAGCGGACUGACACGUCAGUUUGAGACAUACGGUGAAAUUAUAGCAGACAGACUAAACGAAAUUAAAAGUCAAGUAGAUGAGGCAUUUGGAAAUGUUACAAAGGGUCUAGAAAAUGAUAAAGAUUUAGUGUGGAAUAUGCAACGUAAACUUUCAGAAGCAGAUGUUCUUACGCAUGAGAGGAACCCGGCAAGUUUUCUCAAAUCCAGCCAGUGUAUGGUAGAGACACUUACAGACUUGCAGAGGAAGAUUUCAAAACUGCCCGAAGUCGUAGAGGUGCGUUUCAGUCAAGCAUGUACGACGGAAGACUUCCAAAAAAUUGUUCAUGCACUAGGAUCGAUUCAAGAACUGAGACAAGAAAAUAGUGACGGUUAUGUUUGA